AUGGUUGGGAGCACACCUGGAAGUCUAUAUACCACUGAUCCAAUGAAUAUAUCUCCAGCAUUAUUUGGUGAUUUUCCAAUAUUUCAAGAUACGUCCCAGAAAAAGCGUGUUGGUGAACCCACCAGUAAACUAUUCAGUAAGAAAGCGAAUAAGCAAGUUUCAAAAGAAGAUUCUCCUACGUUACAAAGACUAAUCAAAGAAUUGACAACUCCUACCCAGAAAACCUCAUCCAGUAAUACGAUAAUUUUACAGUCGGACGUUUCUGAAAUUGACAAAGAUUCAGUUAAUUUUCGUGAGUUAUAUUAUAAGAUUACCAAUGCCGAAGACAAUAAUCAGAAAAUUACCCAUGAUCUGAUUUAUUGCCACUAUGAUUUCGGGAAAGGUAUUAAAUUAUGGUUCGAUCAUUAUAGAAAAAUAUGUAGUGAGGAUGCAUCUAAUGCGAAAGUUAAUGAUAAAAUUAGGGAACAGAUUUCCGCGGAAGAUAAACUUACUGAGACUAAUCUUCGAAAAAGAAAAGAAAGGGUUAAAAAGAUUUUUAGACUUUUUAAUAAUAUUGGUAGAAAAGAAAUAAUAGGUCGGAUUAAAACUUUUAAUGCAACAACGAUUUUAAAUCUAUCUCAGGACGACGUUGAUUAUAUAAUUAGCAAAAUUUUGGAAAUGACUCACACAUAA